AUGGAUUGCAAUAAACAAGGAAAUUUUUCGGAAACUUCAAGCGACGAAAACGACAACGUUUCAUCGCAGAGACUCAAAGGCAAUGACAAAGCUACUGCGAUCGGUCGGUUUUAUGAGUGUACUUUCUGCAAGAGAGGCUUCACAAAUGCGCAAGCUCUCGGAGGCCAUAUGAAUAUACAUAGAAAAGAUAAGGCCAAGUCGAAGCCGAAGAGUGGUGCAAUUCAGACCAGCAAUUCCAAAUCAACAGCUCACGAUUUUGAUCAGGUUUCGAAUUCUUCGAUGUAUCUGGUGCCGAUUACUAAUGAGCAUGCACACUAUCAAGCAAAUAUGGGGGGCACAUUGAUGAAUUAUCAGUUCUAUCUUCCAAUGCCGGUCCCUAGCUGCCCUCCUCAGUACGCAUAUUAUAAUCUGACUGAUUCCAUUGAGCAUGUUGCGAGUUCGCGGGAUUUAAAGAUGCAGGAGGAGGUUCUGGAGACGGAUUUGAGUCUAGAGGUUUUGAAAGAGAAAAGUGCAGAUGAAGCUGUUGAUAGGAUUGAACAUGAAGUGGACCUGGAACUUCGGCUUGGACAUGACCCUGGCCUUGAUUAA